CCGGAAUUCUGCCCCGCCCAUCUCCCCUGAUGCGCACGCGUAGUCUGGACCUUCCCUUCCCUGACAUUCCCAGAACGGUCACACCCCUUAUUCCCCAGCUUUGAUCUGUUAGUAAACAGUGUCUAGUAGUCAGGAGGCGCUCGGGGUCUGUGAUUGGCUAUUGCUGAAAGAGGCGGGGAGGGCUGAUUGGAACGUUUGGUCCGCCAAUCACCGUGGGCAGAGGAGGAGCUUGGAGGAAAGCGUUUCUCACGCACGUGUUUGCAGACGUACCUAUGGGUCCCAGUGCGCAAUAUACAGCAACUGCAAGGGCCACAUCUGGAAUAUGGGCACGCCACAAUAUAGACAAACCCUGAAGCCCUGAGUCUCCACUUGAAGAAGAGCCACCCAACCUACAUCAGACUGAAAUAGCCUGCAUUUGUAUGGAUUUAUGAGCGUGUACACGCCAGGCACACAGAUUCCCUGCGGCCUAGUCAAGAGUGACAUGAUGACCUUCACUCUCCUCCGGAAGUCCUGCCUUCCCUCUGCCGUAAGGAGUUUGAUUCUACAGAAGAAACCAAACAUCAGAAACAUGUCCAGCUCAGCUGAAGGGCUCCAGCCAGCCAGCGUGGUGGUCCUGCCCAGGUCCCUUGCUCUGGCCUUUGAAAAGUUCUGCCAGGCCAACAGUGGCCCUCUGCCCCUGCUGGGCCGAAGUGAGCCGGGCAAGUGGACCUUGCCUGCCCUGGGUGCUAUGCCAGACACCAGGAUGGGCUGUCCCCAGUUCCGGAAAUACGAGUUUGGCACCUGCAUGGGCAGCCUGACCUCGCUGGAGGAGUGCUCGGAGCAGCUGAAGGACAUGGUGGCCUUCCUCCUGGGCUGCAGCUUCUCCCUGGAAGGCGCCUUGGAGGAAGCAGGGCUCCCUGGAAGGAACGCAGCUGACCAUGGCCACCUGGGUGCAUACAAGACAGCCGUGCCUUGCGCCACCAUCGCUGGCUUUUGCUGCCCUCUGGUGGUCACAAUGAGGCCCGUUCCCAAGGACAAGCUGGAAAGGCUAGUGCAGGCCAGCUGCUCCGCGGCGGGUGAGCAAGGACAACCCGUUCACAUUGGCGACCCAGGACUGUUGGGAAUCAAAGACCUUUCCAAACCUGACUACGGGGAGCCUGUGGUGUGUCAGCCGGGGGACGUUCCAGUGUUCUGGCCUUCUCAGCUGACCAGUCUCGAAGCUGUCAGUGGCUGCAUGACCCCACUGGCUUUCACCAGCGCACCGGGUUGCACAGUGAUGACUGACCUGAAGGGUCCAGCGGCUCCGGCCAGAUGCCUCACCCCUGAGGGAAUGCCAGAGGUCCAUCACAUUUCCCAGGAUCCUUUGCACUAUAGUAUGGCAUCAGCUUCAGCCGUUCGGAAGAUCAGAGAACUGGAGACAAUGAUUGCUGUAGACCCAGGCAGCCGGGGGAUCGGGCACCUGCUCCGCCCAGACGAGCUGCUGCGGGCCUCUCUGUCGCUGUCCCACGCCCGCUCCCAGCUCCUCACCACCGGCCUCCCCACGCACUUCAACCACGAGCCUCCGGAGGAAACGGACGGCCCACCGGGAGCCGUGGCUCUGGCCGCCUUCCUGCAGGCCUUAGAGAAGAGGAUCUGCAUGGUCGUUGACCGGAGAGCCUUGAGUUUGUACAAGAAGCUGGUUGACGAGGCUGUAGAGCAAGGUAUUCUGAAGACACGGAUCCCCCUGCUGACUUACCAGGGCGGAUCGACAGGAGCUGCUCAGGCGUUUCUGUGCGCAGAUGGGGACCCCAAGUCACCUAGAUUCGACCAUCUGGUGGCGAUAGAGCGCGUGGGAAGGGCUGCUGACGGUAAUUACUACAACGCGAGGAUGGUGAGCAUCAGGCACCUGGUGGACCCCAUCGACGAGCUUUUCCUGGCAGCGCAGAAGAUUCCUGGCAUCUCAUCAACUGGGGUUGGUGAUGGAGGCAAUGAGCUUGGGAUGGGCAAAGUCAAGGAGGCCGUGAAGCGCCACAUACGAAAUGGGGACGUCAUUGCCUGUGACGUGGAGGCUGACUUUGCUGUUAUCGCUGGAAAUGUUAACAGAAAUUCUAUACAGAGAAGGAAAAGUAUAUCAGAUCUACACAAGAAAGGAAGAGCAUUGGAGAAUGAAUAAAAUAAAGGGAAGGAAAACAAAAGCAAAAAUAAACAAAUGGGACUACAUCAAACUAAAAAGUUUUUGCACAGCAAAGAAAACUAUCAACAAAAGAAAAGCCACCCACUGAAUGGGAGAAGAUAUUUGUAAAUGAUAUAUUUGAUAAGGGGUUAAUAUCCAAAAUAUACAAAGGACUCAUAUAACUCAACAUCAAAAAACAACAUGAUUAAAAAAUGGGCAGAGGAUCUGAUGAGACUUUUUUUUCCAAAGAAGACAUACAGAUGGCUAACAGGCACAUGAAAAGAUGUUCAACAUCACUAAUCAUCAGGGAAAUGCAAAUCAAAACCACAAUGAGGUAUCACCUCACACCUGUCAGAAUGGCUACUCUCAAAAAGACAACAAAUAACAAGUGUUGGCAAGGAUGUGGGGAAAAGGGAACCCUCAUGCACUGUUGGUGGGAAUGUAAAUUGGUGUAGUCACUAUGAAAACAGUAUGGAGAUUCCUCAAAAAAUUAAAGCUAGACCUACCAUAUAAUCCAGCAAGUCCACUACUGGAUAUUUAUCCAAAGGAAAUAAAAACACUAAUUCAAAAAGAUAUAUGCACCCCCCUGUUCAUUGCAGCAUUAUUUUCAAUAACCAAGAUAUGGAAGCAACCUAAGUGCCCAUCGACAGAUGAAUGGAUAAAGAAGAUAUGCCAUAUAUAUAUAAUGGAAUAUUACUCAGCCAUAAAAAAGAAUGAAAUCUUUCCGUUUGCAACAACAUGGAUGGACCUAGAAGGUAUUAUGCUAAGUGAAAUAAGUCAGACAGAGGACAAAUACUGUAUGAUUUCACUUAUAUGUGGAAUCUAAAAAAUAAAACAAAUGAACAAACAUAACUAAACAGAAACAGAAUUACAGAUACAGAGAACAAACAAGUGGUUGCCAAAGGGUUGUGGAGGAAUGAAAUAGUUGGCAAAGAUUAAGAAAUACAAGCUUCCAGUUACAAAAUAAAUGAGUCACAGGUAGGAAAUGUACAGUGAGGGGAAUAUAGUUAAUAAUUAUAUAAUAUCUUUGUAUGGUGACAGAUAUUAACUAGAUUAUUGUGGUGGUCAUUUUGAAAUGUAUAGAAAUACAUAAUCCUUAUGUUGUGUAACAGGAAGUAGCAUAGUGUUGUAGGUCAAUUAUAUUUCAAAAAUAAACAACCAAACUGAUAGAAAAAGAGAUCAGAUUUGUGGUUACCAGAGGCAGAGGGUAGGGGUAGGGGUAAUUGGAUAAAGGUGGUCGAAAGGUACAAACUCCCAGUUAUAAGAUAAACAGGGGUAACAUACAACAUGAUUAAUAUAAUUAACACUGUCCUAUAUUAUAUAUGCAAGUUGUUAAGAGAGUAAAUCCUAAGAGUUCCCAUAACAAGGAAAAAAAUUUUUUCUAUUUCUUUAAUUUUGUAUCUAUAUGAGAUGAUCGAUGUUCAAUAAACUGAUUGUGGUAAUCAUUUCAUGACGUAUGUAAGUCAAAUCGUUAUACUUUACACCUUAAACUUAUACAAUGCUGUAUUCAAUUAUAUCUCAAUAAAAUUGGAAAGAAAAAAAUUUAAAAUUUCUGCUUGGCAAAAGACAAUGUCAGGAGAGUGAAAAGACAAGCCACAGAGUGGAAGAAAACAUUAACAGAAGGCAUACUUAAUAAAAGACUAUUAUCCAAAAUAUACAAAGAACUCUUAAAACUCAACAGUAAGAAAAUAAACAGCCCAAUUUAAAAAUGGGCAAAAGUCCUGAACAGACAUCUCACCAAAGAAAAUAUACAGUUGGCAAGUAAGGAUACGAAAAGAAGUUCAACAUUCUAUAUCUCUACCACUGAUGUGGUGAUUUUAGCAGCAGGUAGAGGCCCCCAGAGAGAAAAGGCAGAUAGUGAAGGGUGACAGAGGGCAAAAGUACCAUCUGUUUCACCAUAACACAAUCAGCAUUUUCAUUUUGCAUGUUGGUUUCCAAUUCUCAUACUCAAUAUAUACCCACUUUUGGCUUCUGACUAAGACAUGAUCUUCAAGCACAUAAAGAGGUGAUGCAACACAGCAUGAUGGAGCUGUUACCUGUCCCUCUGAGGAUAGGCAUCCGUGCAGCAGGAGUGAGUCAGGUUUAGCCAUAAAGGAGGUUCGGGAGUGGCUUCCUAGGGUUAUUUCCUAAUUUUUUUUCUCUGAAAGUCAUUAACAGUACAUAAUCCGGAUGGUUUAGAACAAUGGUUCUCAAACUUAAUUUGCAUCAGAAUCACCUGGAGGGCAUAAUUUAAACUCAGUUUGCUCCUUCACUCCCCUGCUGAGUUUGGAUUAAGUAAAUCUAAGCUGUGGC